AUGGAGUGUCAAUACCGGGUAUGGCCUCCCCUUGCAUCAAUGACGGCUUGACAACGUCGAGCCAUGCUGUCAAUAAGCACCCGGAUGUUUCCAAUGGGAAGGUUGUUCCACUCUUCCACGAGGGCGUUUCCGAGCUCUGUCAAAGUCGUGGGUUGUGCUCUACGGCGUGAAAUGGCAACUUGCAGCAUGUUCCAUACAUGCUCAAUCGGGUUCAAGUCCGGCGAGCGCGCUGGCCAGUCCAUACGGACAAUUGUCUCCUGCUGAAGGUACUGCUCCACCACCCUGGCGCGAUGAGGACGGGCGUUAUCAUCCAUCAGGAUGAACUCAGGGCCAACAGCACCACCGUAGUGUCUGACGUAAACAUCGAGGAUCUCAUCCCGGUACCGCACCCCCGUCAUUGUUCCUCUCUCCAGGACAUGAAGAUCUGUUCUUCCAUCCCUGCUGAUUCCACCCCAGACCAUGAUGGAACCACCACCAUAACGGUCAUGUUCACUGAUGUUGGCAUCACGGAAACGUUCACGUUGUCGUCGCCACACUCGGUGCCUCCUGUCUGUAAAGUCCAAACAAUACCUGGACUCAUCGGUGAACAGAACUUGAACCCAGUCGUUCUGUGUCCAAGUGACAUGAUCUUCAGCCCAGUCCAAUCGCUCCCGCCGGUGUCGAACAGUCAGAGGGACUCGAACACAUGCCCUUCUCAAGUUGAGACCUGCAUUGUGAAGCCGAUUCCGUAUCGUCUGAGUGGACACAUUCACCCCCGAGGCGUUCAGGAGGUCGUUACGUAGGCUGGUUGCUGUCCAGAAGGGAUGGCGUCGUGCCUGAAGAGCCACAAAAUGGUCUUGGCGUUGGGUUGUUGACCUCUGACGACCACCCCCAUGUCGGUGUGCUGCUGUACCAAAAGUUUGCUGUCGGUUCCAGAGUCUGUUUACAACGCUCUGGCUGACGUUUAGUGCAUUUGCAACGUCACGUUGUGAAUAUCCAGCGUCAAGCAUUCUAAUACAUCUGCCCAGUUGUUCUGUCGUCAGGCGACGCCUUACACGUUGAGGGGGCAUUGUGUUGAUAAACGUAGUGUAAACACUCAAGUGAGUUUGAAAUUUUAGAAAGAAUCAGACACCGAUGACUGAGUAUAAAUCGUGCAAUGGUAGCAAAAGCAUGAACUGUGAUGAGAAACGCAUUUCCCAUGGCAUGAAAUACACGUGCAAGUUUGUUGAAGACGUUUUUGAUUUCACUUGGACACAAUAUUGCCAGUUAUGCAGUUAUUGAUUUUUUAAACAGAAAAAUAUCUAUGAUCCUUAUCAAAUUUUGAGUAGUAUAUUAUACUCUGAUACUUCCUGAUUGAAGAUAUACUAUCGGCACGGGCUAAGUGUGUCGCAGUUUGUACAAUGGAAUUCACUAUUGGAAUACAAAUGGAGUUUAUCGUUUUGUUUCAUGGAUUAUGCAAAUAAAGGGAGUUUUACUACUACUUAGAGUAUUUUGACAAAUGUACACGUACACCUGCGGUCCUUUACAGAUAUUACGAGUAGACCCAGAUGGCUGAAGUAAGCUCUAAGAUGACUUGGUUGAAGCGCGGGGGACGGGUCCGCCCCGGGGAUGGAAAGAGGGAGCCCUCCUUGGCCAGCUCUAUGGAAUCCCUGACCCAAUCCCAACUCAAUCUGGCCAUUAUGGACAUGUUAAACCUGGGACAGAAUUGGAACAGGUGCGAAGAGGUCUGCAGAGGUAAUCCAAUCACGGACGCUGGGAAGAGACAGCAGAUGGUAAAAAUGUUGGCGGUGGUCCUGAUUCCCGUCAUUGUACUGACAGGCAUGACUGCAAACACCUUCAUUGUGUCCCUAGAGAGCUACAUCGUCUCCUCCAAAAUCAGCAGAAUUCUCUACUUCAGUAUCGAACUUGGUAUCCUGCUUGGUAACAUCCAAAGAGAGCGUGACAUGAGCGCCUUGUACGUCAGUAACAUCGAGCUUGAAACCAAAGAUCUCCUUCUACAGCGCUACCCGGACACAGACAUCGCGAUCCAGAACCUCUCAUCCUGGCCCACUAGCGCCAACAUCGUCAGGGACGAGUUCCAAACACGAGAAAAAUUCCUCUCCUACCUCAACCGGCACCGCUAUCAACUGGAUUCAUACAACAGGACUAUUAAGGAAGAGCUUCAAUUCUACUCCGACAGCAUCGAGGUUUUCAUCCAGUGGUUAUAUGAAGCGAUAGUAGAGACUCAGUCUGGGUCAGUCUGGAAGAGUUUGGUGGCGUACCAAGAAAUUAUUGUGGCCAGUGAAUUCUUCGGACGAGAGCGAGGGCUCGGUGUCUCGUUCUACGCAGUGGGUCGCUUCAACACAAGAGAUGAAUACUUGCUGUUUGUGGAAAGUCAGGACAUUGCCAAUAUUACAUUUCAAUCCUCUAGGUUGUAUUCCGAACUGGCUUAUGACAUGUAUGAAGCGCAGUUGAUGAGAAAUGCCAACAUCAUCGAACCGAUGCAGAAAAUGAGGAACGAGAUACGUUCAAACAGAAGCUCUUCUUCUCGUGGCUCUGUAGAGCGUGCAAAGUGGUGGUUCAACAACAUGACUGUGUAUAUGAACGCCCUUAGAGCCACUCAGAGACAGCUAGCGACAAAGAUAGACCAGCUCCUGUCAGAAAGCUCCAAUGAUGAUUUGCGGAACGUGAUUACCAUCUGCAUCGUGUUCGGGGUCAUUCUUAUUAUUUGUCCUUUAAUUGUGUUUGCGGUGUAUUCUUUGACGUCCGAGAUUCAGACGUAUUCCAUAUCGAUAGCAAAUAGGACAAAGGCACUGAACAAAGAGAAGAAAAGAACAGAUACCCUUCUGUAUCAGAUGUUGCCAAAGUCUGUGGCAGAGCGGCUGAAGCAGAAUGAAGUCGUUGAUGCAGAGCAGUUCAGCGAGUCCACUAUCUUUUUCAGCGACAUUGUGGGGUUCACACAGAUAUCCUCCCAGAGUUCACCGUUGCAGGUCGUAGACAUGUUAAACAGUCUGUACCUCUGCUUCGACCAACGGAUCGAGAUGUAUGACGUGUACAAAGUGGAGACAAUCGGCGACGCCUAUAUGGUCGUAUCAGGUGUACCCCGUCAGAAUGGGCGGCGCCACGCUGCAGAAAUCGCGACCAUGGCUCUGGAUCUUCUGGAGCACAUCAACCGGCUGGAAAUUCCACAUCUACCUGGCACCAAGUUCAGGCUCAGAACAGGAUGUCACUCUGGUCCUGUGGUAGCCGGAGUGGUGGGAUCCAAGAUGCCCAGGUAUUGUCUGUUUGGAGAGACGGUCAGCCUCGCAUCCAAGAUGGAGUCGCUGGGAAAAGCUAAUCGGAUUCAUAUAAGUGAGACGACUUUUGAACUCUUGGACGGGUUGGGUGGUUUUGUCAUUGAAGAACGCAAGGACAACAUAAAGAAUGACCGUGACCUUCUACAUGCGUUCAAGGGCACAGUGAGGACGUACUGGUUAUUGCGCAGAGAAGGAUUCCAGUCGGAAAUAUCCGACUCUUCCCGAUCUUCUACACCGGAAUCAGAGGGCACCUUAGAGAGAAAUGCCGGCAAAACCUUGUUACAACGUCACUGAGUCACUGCAAAAACAAAUGUGCUACCUAGCAACAGAUAGCAAGGAUGCGAUAAUUUUGUGAUAAUUCAUUGGCGCAUUUAAUGCCCUCAAAUUAUUUGAAAUAAAGGGGAUUCUUGAUAAUGUAUACUAUUAGUAAUUUGUACUUCCAAAUUUAGGACAAUUGCCUCAUAAUUGUAUCAUAAUUUUUCGUGUAUGUUUUCUUUCUAUUUCGUGUUUUAACGUCAACUAUGAGUAGAGAGUCCCACCGUGACAUACAGUUAUAAUUAAUGGACUGUAAUUAUAUGGUGUCUGUAAUCAUGAUAUUUUUUUUUUCAAAAAUGAAUAUUCUGUUCUGUAAAAUGUUUUUGUUGAAUAAAAGUGAAUUGAA